AUGCGGCUGGUGUUUGUUGUCUCCGGCAGGAGGGCGUUCCGCGGACACACGCACGUCCACCGGACACACGCACGCCCACCGGACACACGCUCCUCCGGUGGCCGGUGCUUCCCAGGUCGGUGCCCCGGGAGCUCCGGUGCUGACUGCGGGAAGAGGCCCUCCCGGACACGGGCCUUUCCUCCCGGUGGCUACCGCCGGUGGGGGUGGUGGUGGGGGGGGGGGGGGCGGGACACGGUGAAGAAGGAGGCCGGGUUUGGAGGCAUGGAGGCCGGCCGUGAUCUCUUCAGGGAGGCUGGCACUCGUAGUAUGGACUCCACCCACAUCGGAGGGGACAUGUCACCUUUGUAUGUGCCACGGAAGAGGAGGACCGUCCAGUCCCAGCCGAAGAGUGCUCCUCCAUGUCCAGGUAAGAGAUGGACAGAAACUCUGCAUAGUAGCUAG